UUAAAAGCUGCUGACGUAGGAGCGGACGGCCAUCUUUGAUGAGGGCACGGCUCCCGGUCCAUUGAAGAAGGAGACCCGGGGAGGUCAGCAGCAGCAGCAGCGGCGGCAGCAGCGGCGGCAGCGGCGGCGGUGGCGGCGGUGGCUGUGGCUGUCCCUUGCCUCCCAGCUGCGGCACCGACCCCGCGGCCCGGAGCAGCGCUCCCUAAGCCGAGGCUCACAAGCAGCUGAGAGCAAAUCCUUGGCCUGAAGCUUCCACAAACACACCCACAGCUAAAAUGGCGGAAGACGCUGAUAUGCGCAAUGAGUUGGAAGAAAUGCAGCGGCGUGCCGACCAGCUUGCUGAUGAAUCCCUUGAGAGCACCCGUCGAAUGCUGCAGCUUGUUGAAGAGAGUAAAGAUGCUGGUAUCAGGACUUUGGUUAUGUUGGAUGAGCAAGGAGAACAACUCGAUCGUGUUGAAGAAGGCAUGAACCAUAUCAACCAAGACAUGAAGGAGGCCGAGAAAAAUUUAAAAGAUUUAGGGAAAUGCUGUGGCCUUUUCAUAUGUCCUUGUAACAAGCUUAAAUCAAGCGAUGCUUACAAAAAAGCCUGGGGCAAUAAUCAGGAUGGUGUUGUAGCCAGCCAGCCGGCACGUGUCGUAGAUGAACGGGAGCAGAUGGCCAUCAGUGGUGGCUUUAUCCGCAGGGUAACAAAUGAUGCCCGGGAAAAUGAAAUGGAUGAGAACCUCGAGCAGGUCAGCGGCAUCAUUGGCAACUUACGUCACAUGGCCCUGGACAUGGGCAACGAGAUCGACACACAGAAUCGCCAGAUUGACAGGAUCAUGGAGAAGGCUGAUUCCAACAAAACCAGGAUUGAUGAAGCCAACCAGCGUGCAACAAAGAUGCUGGGCAGUGGUUAAAUGCAGUGAAGUGCAUUUCCUUUUAAUGCUGUCCAACAAGACAGUACCUUCAUGCUUUUAUCAUGGUAUUUACCUACUAGGUUUGCACACAUGCACAUAUCAGCCCCAUUGUAAAUGUUGUCCUGUGUAGUUUGUCAGCUUUCCAAAAAUGAUACUUGUAAUUAUUUUUUUCUAGAUAUCUUUCUUUCCAAAGGUUGUACAUAGUGCUGAUUUGAUGGCUAUAGCUCACUAUGAUGUUUUUUUGGGAUUUUUCCUUUCCUUGUUUCUGUUUUGGAUUCCUUUCCUUUUUUCCCCUCUCCUCAUUUUUUUUUUUUUUUUAAUGAUGUUUGCUGAAUGACAACACUGUUGGAAUGCUAAACGUGCUGUUAACCUUUAAAUAUACAGUAUUGUUCUUGUAAAACUGUGACAUUCCACAGAGCUACUGCCAUGCUCCUGUCUUUGGGUAUCAUGAUGUUUAAGCACUUAAACCUGCUGUCUUCAGUUCUUCAUUGCCAUUAUCUGUUGUUAUGAUUUCAUGAUUAGACAAUGUGAAAUUAUAUUACUAUAACAAGCAUUGCACUAAAAAGUGAUGUGAUUUAUGCAUUUAUGCAUGAGGAAUAAAUAGACUUUUAGACUCCUACUUAAACAAGAACUUUCCCAUGGCAGUAGCACACCAACAAUGACAACAAAAGCAUGCUCAGUAUUCGGACUCUUUUGGGACUAUGUUAUACCAGCAAGUUUGCAGUUGUGCCACUUUUUUCUUGUUGAUAUAUAUAUAGUUAUUAAUCAUGAUCAUUUUUUUUUUAAUUAUGAAAAAAGAGGGUUUUGGCACUCACCAUUUAGCCAUUGCCAGCAAAAUAAAAGCUUGGCUGAAACUAUGUCAAAGACAAAAUGAAAUAAGUGUAAUAUAUUGGGUUUGUCUGCUGCUUUUGAAGACUAUCUUUUGGAGGAAACGACUACCAUAUGAAAUGGUGCAAAGAAAUUUAAUUUUUAUAAGGCUCUCUCUUACUAGUCGCUAUCCCCAUGUGGUUUGUUAUCGGUACAGUUCUCUGUUGCUUACCUAGAGCUAUGCACACCAAAUCGCUGAGAUGUUUAGUAGCUGACUUAAUUAAAAAAUAAUAAAAAAACCUAAAUGAAUGAACUCUAGAUAAACUGUGAGAUAAAUAUAAUUUACAGCAUGUAAUAUGAAAUUCCUUAUGUCUCCUGUCAGUUUGUGAAGUGAUUGACAUUUUGUAGCUAGUUUAAAAAUUAUUAAAAAUUAUAGAUCUCAGAA